UUUAUAAGACAACAUGAACACAACCGCUCUUGGCAUCGGCUUACUCAUUCACCGAGAAAGUCCAUGAGGGUCGGAUACAGCACAAAACUAAGCUCAAUAGUACCUGGUAUCACUCUUCAAAACUUACCAAUCGGGACCUAAUGACGUCGCAAUCCGGAGGGAAUAUUGAUCAUCUCGACCGGAUUCCGGGACCAUUAGUCUAGCCUCAUGUUCAACUUCGAAUCAAAAACCAUUGCGUCGGUCUAAACUCCUGAAAGGAAGGCUGUAAUUGGAAAAUAUCGAUGAAAAUCUGCCACGGAAAGGUGUUACUAAUCUUGGCAUCGGCCUCUCUAGAAAUGCGACACCCAACAACUUACAUCAAAAUCUGGCAUGCUUCGUAUACUAUUUUUACAUUAUCCCAUUCGCUUUCUAAACCGAAAAGCCAUAAUAGAGUCCAGGGAUUCGACGACAGAAUAAGUCUGCGUUUCGAUAGUUUGUCCUUGGAGCGCCACCUCGGAAUGUCGGUCGAGACUCUACAGAUCAUCAUUUCCUGUCACUAUCUCUCACCGCCAACACCAUCGUCGGACAGAAAUCCUACUAAUGCGAAGUCUCGGCUGUACGACACACGAAGGAUCCCCAAAAUUAAAGCGAAUAGGCGAUUCCCACAUACUUCAUCGAGAGCCUCGACGAUCUGCGUCGUCAUCCGACCAUUAUCAUGUUGGCCUAGUAGUCAGAUUCUUAUUAUAUGCAUGGUAAUUAUUUCGAGUCUGACGAACAAUCUGCGCGCUACUAAAUGCCGACACAUUAUACCGAGCUAUCAACUCGACCUUUAUGGUCGUGUAGCAAUAGAUCCACUGUCCCCUGUUUUCAUCUUACUCAACAAGAACGUAUUUCCUAAUCAAGAAAUCUACUUAACCUUCCUUGCUCUAGAGUCUGAUGGCAAACAUCUAUGAACGACACGAAUCUCCUUAGAUGUUCGCCAUCAUACGGUAAUACGAUGCGAACGACUUUUGUUUUCUAACGUGACACAAUAUCCUGUGAUGGCUCGCCUAAGUACGUCAAGUUAUUGGACGGACACCACUCAUCCCUGUUAAACCCGAUCUUCACCUUCUUCGGCCGACUCAUACUCCAUUAUUCGCUGCUCUUGUUACAGGUGCAUAGAGAUGGACUGAAGGAUGUGCUAGCUCAUCGAUUCUAGCCGUCGACUUUCGAAAAUUUUACACGCUAACCUUCAUACCUUACACCGCAGGAGUAAGUCAUU